AUGAAUUCCUUGAAAUCUGUAUCUUCAAAAAUUAAUUUGACAAAAGAAGAUUAUGAAAGUACUCCAUUUAUUCACGUUGAACGGAUGAUCUGGCUUCUUCGAUUGGAUUUUAUAAACUCGAAAGGAUGGGCGAGACGAAUAAAUAACAUGGUUACAGGAAUUUUUCUGAUUUCGAGUAUUUACUACCUCGGAUUCAUGGCGAAGACAAUGUUCUACAAGUCAUCGUUCUAUGUUUUGGACAUGUCACUUCAACUUCUCAGUAUGAUUUGGCAUUUUGAGUCAAUUCUUUCAACGAUCUUUCUGGCCUAUUGGCAAUUGAGUGGACAACUGGAGGGACUGAAGAUAAAGUUAGAAGUUUGUCAAAAUUUCAAAGGAGCCAGAAGUAAAACGAAACAACUUUAUGAUGGUGCUCGUUGGUUUCUCAUUUUGUAUGUGAUUACUACAGUAUUCAAUAUCUGUUACUCGGCAAAGUUCUACUUUGAAAAAUCUCAUUCAGUUUGGGCCGUUCUGAUUUCAGAGAUGUUUUAUUAUAAACAACUCCGUUUUAUAAUGUCAAUUAUCAGUUCAUACAUGUACUCCGUAUGGCUUACAACAACUUAUGUUUUCGUCACUUAUGCGAAUGCUGCUUAUUUCGAGGUUGCCUAUUUUAAUAAAGAAAUUCGAAAUCUUUCCGGUUCUCGGGCUGAAAUAAAACGGAAACUAUUGGAAAAUAUUGAAACAUUCCGACUGAUAAGUGAAGCUAUUUCUGAAUUAGAUAUGGUAUUCCGUCUCUACACAUUCGCAAUGCUUGCUACAGUAAUCCCAAUUCUUAUAUUCACAUUGAUGAUGCUCAAUCAACAUCUUUCUUCUGUCACUGACUUUCUCAUCUGUGCUCCAUUCAUUCUUUUUUGUAUUUGUGCAUUCUGUUCUGUCACAAUUGCACCUGCUCGUGUACACGAAAAAUGUCAGAAUCUUAAACAUUCAUUGUGUCGAAACAAGGAUAUCUGGCAGCCUCAUGAUCCAGAAAUCUAUCAACUUGCAUCAGCUUUAUCUAGUCAUUGUGAACAAAAUGGACUAGGAAUUUCCAUUUGGGGAUUCGCAACACUAUCACGGCCGUUAAUUUUGGGAACUCUAUCAGCGACUGCUAUGAUGAUGUCUCUGUUGACAGACUUGAAACCAGAAAGAAUAAUCGAAGUGGAAGUUGAAGAAGGAAAUUGA